AUGUCAAGCAGAAAUUAUCUGACAGUUCCAGGACAGGAUUCCCAAGAUGCCGAUUCAGAUGAACAAGCAUCAGCACAGGACUACUUACUAGAUAACGAUAGUCUCUCACAAGAACGAGAACAAGAACAAGAAGCUGAAGCCCAAGAUACUGAAGAUGAGUAUCCGUUAACUACCAAACAACUCUCAGAAUUACAUGACCCUAAAUCCAUGAGAUCGUAUAUUUCAUUAUUUCAAAAUGAUAAACUGAACAUCUUUAAAUAUUUAAAUACAUCAUUACAAACAGGGAUCAAGACACCAACGAGGAAUAAUUCUAAUAUUAAAUGGAAUUAUUCAAAUACGAAAAGAUAUAAAUUGUAUUCAGAUAAUAGAAUCCCUGAAAGAAUACCAAAAACAUUCUUACAAUUGGUUUGGGAAGCAUUCAAUGACAAGACAAUGCUAUUAUUGACUGGUGCGGCGAUCGUAUCAUUCACUUUGGGGCUUUAUGAAGCAUUAGGACAACCACCAGAAUAUGAUCCUGAAGGUAAUAAGAUUAAGAAAGUGGAUUGGAUUGAAGGUGUAGCAAUUAUGAUUGCUGUAGUUGUUGUGGUCCUUGUUGGGGCUGUAAAUGAUUAUCAAAAGGAAUUACAAUUCGCUAAAUUGAAUAAAAAGAAGGAAAAUAGGAAAGUUAUCGUGGUACGAAAUGCUCAAGAAGAAAUGGUAUCCAUUCAUGAUUUAUUAGUUGGAGAUAUCAUUAAAUUACAAACCGGGGACGUCAUUCCAGCUGAUUCCGUAUUAGUAAGAGGUGAAUGUGAAAUUGAUGAAUCUUCUGUAACUGGGGAAUCUGAUACGAUUAAAAAAGUGAGACUAUCUUCAGCAUUGAGGAAAUUUGCAUCUAUUAAUGAGACUAACAAAAAGAAUAAUAAUAAUAAUAAUAAUAAUGGCAGCUUGCAUGAAUUGGAUAUCGGUUCUGUAACUCCAGAAGGUGUUCAUCUUCCUGACUGUAUGUUAAUCUCUGGCUCUAAAAUUUUAUCUGGAUUGGGGACUGCAGUAGUAACAGCAGUAGGUGUAAAUUCCAUUCAUGGAAGAACAAUGAUGUCCUUAAAAGUAGAAACUGAAGAAACUCCUUUACAAGAAAGAUUAAGUCAAUUGGCUGAUAGUAUUUCAGUUUAUGGUUGUGUGGCAGCUAUUAUUCUGUUUUUAGUCCUUUUUGUUCGGUUCUUAUUUUACGUGUUUGCACCAAAUGGUAGAUUCCAUGAUUUGGAUCCUGCACAAAAGGGUAAUAAAUUUAUGAAUAUAUUCAUUACUGCUGUUACUAUCAUUGUUGUGGCAGUACCGGAGGGGUUACCAUUGGCGGUCACUCUAGCGUUGGCAUUUGCUACCACAAGGAUGACAAAAGAUGGUAAUUUGGUUAGAAAUUUAAGAGCUUGUGAAACUAUGGGAUCUGCUACUGCAGUAUGUUCAGAUAAAACAGGUACACUAACAGAAAAUAGAAUGUCUAUCGUUAAAGGAUUUAUUGGUGAAGACCAAUUUGAUGAAACCAUGAAUAAUCGCGAAAAUUUACCACAUUCAAAAGAUAUGUUCAAUGAAAAAUGUACAGAAGAUUUACAAAAGGAUUUACUGUCCAAUAUCGUAUUAAAUUCCACAGCUUUUGAAAAUAAUAAAUAUGUCCAUCCUGAUAUUGAAAGAGAAUCUGGUAUAUCGUUAGAUUCAAUUAAUGAAUCAAAUAAUCAACAAACUUCCUCUCCAAGUAAAUGGAACAUACUAAGUUGGUUCCGUUCAGGUCAUUGUAAGAAAGCUAAUAAUGAUAAGGACGACGAUGAUGAUGAUGACUUGAUGAAACAUGCAAUGGAAGGUAGACAAGAGCCAUAUAUUGGUUCCAAGACUGAAACUGCAUUAUUAGCAAUGGCUAAACGGUCGUUAAAUCUAAAAUUUGGUUCAUUACAGGAUUUACGUGAUGAUCCAGAAGAAAGAUUUGGAGUUGAUGAAAUUAUACAAGUUAUACCGUUUGAAAGUUCAAGAAAAUGGGGUGGUAUCGUAGUAAAAUACAAGGCUUCUGGUUUAAUUAGAUUCUUCAUUAAAGGUGCCGCAGAAAUUGUUUCUAAUUGUUGUCAUUCAAAGAGAAAUUCUGAUGAUUGUUUAAUAUUAAUUGACGAAAAAGUAUCUGAUGUUAUUAAUAAGAACAUCAAAUCACUAGCUAGCAAUGCAUUAAGAGCAAUUUCAUUAGGUCACCGAGAUUUCAAAGAUUGCUCUGAAUGGCCUCCUAAAGAAGUUCAAGAUGAUGAAAACUCAAACAGGGCAAACCCAGAAAAAUUGUUAUCGUUAAAAGUUAAUAAUAAAAAUAGUGAUGAUGGGUUAAUCCUUGAUGGUAUUGUUGGAAUUCAAGACCCAUUACGUGAAGGUGUUAAAAACUCAGUACAACAAUGUCAAAAAGCAGGUGUUAUUGUUCGUAUGGUUACUGGUGAUAAUGUACUCACAGCAAGAGCUAUUGCAAGAAAUUGUAACAUUUUGUCAGAAGAAGCUUACAAUGAUCCUGAUUCUGCUAUGGAAGGUCCAAAAUUCCGUAAAUUGACCAAAGAUGAACGUAUUAAAUUAUUACCUAAAUUGAGAGUUCUUGCUAGGUCAUCUCCAGAAGAUAAAAGAGUUCUAGUGGAGACAUUGAAGGGAAUGGGUGAAGUAGUUGCGGUAACUGGUGACGGUACUAAUGAUGCUCCUGCUUUGAAGUUAGCUGACGUUGGAUUUUCAAUGGGUAUCUCUGGUACUGAAGUUGCAAGAGAAGCUUCUGAUAUUAUUUUGAUGACAGAUGAUUUUGGUGCUAUUGUUGAUGCCAUUAAAUGGGGGAGAUGUGUCUCUAUCUCUAUUAAAAAGUUUAUUCAGUUUCAAUUGAUUGUUAAUAUUACAGCCGUUAUAUUGACUUUUGUUUCUGCUGUGGCAUCUGAAGAUGAAACCUCUGUUUUGACCGCAGUUCAAUUACUUUGGGUGAAUCUAAUCAUGGAUACUUUAGCAGCUUUGGCUCUUGCUACUGAUAAACCGGAUCCAAAUAUUAUGGAUAGGAAGCCAAAAGGCCGUUCUUCUCCGUUAAUUUAUCCUUCAACAUGGAAAAUGAUAUUAAGCCAAUCAUUUCUACAACUUAUAAUCACAUUUACUCUCCAUUUCCAUGGUAAAGAAAUAUUCUUCAAGGGUAAAGAAAGUAUAACGGGUCAUGAACAACAGCAAUUGAACGCUAUGACAUUCAAUACAUUUGUUUGGCUACAAUUCUUUACUUUAUUUGUUUCAAGAAAGUUAGAUGAAGGUGAUGGUAUUAAGAAUUGGAGGAAAAGGAUUUCGAAGGCUAAUUUGAAUUUCUUUCAAGAUUUAUUAAGGAAUUACUAUUUCUUGGUUAUAAUGGCAUUAAUUGGUGGUUGCCAAGUCUUAAUUAUGUUCUUCGGUGGAGCACCAUUUUCUAUUGCGCAUCAAACUAAAGAAAUGUGGGCAACUGCAAUAUUAUGUGGUACUUUAUCCAUACCCAUCGGUUUGAUUGUUAGAAUCUGUCCGGAUGAAUUAGCAAAGAAAUUCUUCCCUACGAAACUAUUUAGUAAAUGCAAAUAUAUCUUCGGACUUGAAUUUUUGAGAGAGAGGACUAAAAGUAGCGAUGAAGAAGCCUUGUUGGACAGAGAUGGGAGCCCAAAUUCUAGUGGGUCAAGCGCUUUCUUUUAA